AUGGAUCGGUCUACAUUUGACAUCCAGCCGGUCAACCGGUUCGUGGGCACCAAUGCCACCAUCCGACGUCCGAAGGAAGUCGCUUGUUUCUCAUACGAUGACGAGCGUCAAUUUCAUCUUGACGAGUCAUCAAUGCGCUAUUACUAUCCGCCACAACUCCCUGCGGACUUGAAUCGUGGCUUUGAUACCUUUCAGAAACUGGAUGAUUCCGCAGAUGAGCACCUUGAUGCUCUGCUGAGAACCAUUGUGGCCAUGGAAGGAGAAACGGGGAAGAAGUGUGAAGCAGAUAUUGUCACAUGGAGAGGCAUGAUGACCAAGAUCUUGACUAUUCCAUUCGACAAUCUGAACGGCUUCGAGAUGAACGCAACCCGCUUUCAGGAUACCAUAUUCAUCGAGGAAAACAAUUCCUACAAAAAUGAGCAAAAGAAGGUCCAACAGAAUCAGAGGAUGCCACCAGGAAUGGCAUCCCAGGAUCUCAUGGCGUAUUGGGGUUAUAAAUUUGAAAGCAUCUCGGUACUCCGGCAACCCUGGGAUCCAACUCCGCGCCAUGAGAUUGAGAACCGGGAUGAGGAAAUAGUCAAUAACAGCGCUCAAUACUGCUCUGUCGUCCGUACUGGGAUAGGCAACGUGAAAAUGAUUAUUGGUGGGGAGGUUGACGCCGUAUGGGACUGCAAACCCGACAGAAAAGAGGACCACGUCCGCUGGGUUGAAUUGAAGACGUCAGCAGAGAUUAGGAAUGACCGCGAUAUGGUAAAAUAUGAGCGGAAGCUCCUGAAGUUCUGGGCACAGUCAUUCCUACUCGGCGUGCCCAAGAUUGUCGUUGGAUUCCGAGACCAACAAGGCAUCGUACACCGUAUGGAGGAGGUAGAUACUUACACCAUCCCGAGCAAAGUUAAGAAGGUCGGGAGAGGUACCUGGGACGGAAAUAUCUGUAUCAACUUUGCCGCUGCAUUUCUCGAAUGGCUGAAGACAACAAUCACACAAGAUGGGACAUGGAGAAUCCGCAAAGCUGAAAAGUCGCCGGUUAUUGAAGUCUUCAAAGUCGAAGAGGGCGGACAUGGCGAUAUUCUUUCUCCGGGAUUCACGGCUUGGAGAUCCAAACCGGAGAACACUGAGACAAAAGAGCCUCCUGAAGUUCCAGUCGAAUAG